AUGGCUUCAGCCACCACAUCAACUCAAGAGCUGCAUGUUGCACAACCGCAGCGUUUCCCCAGUGGAACGCUUCAUUUAGCUUCUGACUACGGCCUCCACGUCACUAAUGCUCAGGAUGAGGAAACUAAAGCGUCGUCUGCUGCGUCUUCAACGCCUCGGACCUGGGACAUCCAGCCGGCAGAGUUCGACAGGACCGUCAACGAUCAUCCAUGGGACACGUCCGCACCACAGCGUGCGGAUUGGACUGACGGGUGGCGAGAGAUUCCACCAAUUCGACCGCCCAACAGAGAGCUGGACCUUACUCUACGUGCCCAGAGCUUCCCAUAUAAUGUCGGUGCGAGGGUGAUGCUAACAGGCUGCUGGGCACAGUCCCUUGUUGCAAAGUUGUGGCUAAACACAGUUCAACGCAUUGUGCCGUACUACGGCGACACGCCGAUCGGGGGCAAAUUUUGA